AUGUCUUCUACUAGUAAAUCUCUCGAUAUUGCCAUUAUUGGCGGAUCUCUAGGUGGUCUCUUUGCUGCAACGCCACUCCUGAGGAUGCCACAAAAGCACCGAGUCACUAUUUUAGAGCGAAGCGGCACUCCAUUACUGCAUGAUCAGGGAGCUGGCGUUGUAGCUGGGGGCAAUGUUCAAAAGUGGGUGGAGCAGUUUGAUGUCUUUGGAAAGGAAGCAAAAGUUACCUCAAAAGCAAGGACAUAUCUCAAUCGUGAAGGUGAGACAGUUGAGAAAGAAGAGUUCACCCAAUGGAUGACAAGUUGGGAUCUGCUGUACCAUCUUGGUCGAGCCAAUUUCGAUGGGCAACUUUCGGAGCACGUAGCUAGCCAGUGGGCGCAAAUGAAGGAUAGUCCAGAAGGCGAAAGGGUAAGGGACGCCUGGGGGAGAGCAAAGUAUGAAUACGGCAGAUCUGUCGAGAGUCUCAAAGUCGUCAACGACAAGGUCGAGGUGACUUGGAGAGACACAAGGGAGGGAUCGCCCAACAAAGGGGAACAAGGCACCCUCAUCGUGGACUUUGUGGUCUGUGCCGACGGACCUUCUAGCGGCAUGCGAAAGAUGCUACUCCGCGACCAUGCCGCACAGAGAAAAUAUGCGGGUUAUGUUGCCUUCCGGGGGACCGUACUAGAGACCGAAUUGGAGACUGCUGCGCAAGAUGUCUUUGUUGAGAAAUUUACCUUCUUCCACACACAAGGAACCCAAAUUCUUGGCUACGCCAUUCCCGGAGCAAACGGAAGCGUGGAACCUGGGAAAAGAUUGGUCAAUUGGGUUUGGUACUGGAAUUUCCCAGAAGACUCUGAGGAGUUUAAAGAAGUUUUGACGGACUCGAAGGGUAAUAGACAUCGAUACACCCUGCCCACUGGUGGUUAUAUUGGGGAAGAGGUGUGGAGACGACAAAAGCAACGGGCAGAGGAAGUCUUACCCCCUCAAUUUGCCGAGCUGGUUAAGAAGACCAAGAAGCCAUUUGUCCAAGCUAUCACAGACGUCACAGCGCCAGAACAGGGAGCCCCGGUUGGUAGAUUGCUGGAAGGGAAAGCUGCGCUAUUGGGGGAUGCUCUCGCAGGAUUUCGUCCACAUACGGCUGCAAGCACCAGCCAAGCAGCAUUUGACGCUCUGAUGUUGGAGAGGGCGUUUGCUGGAGAGAUCACCUGGAGCCAAUAUGAAGACAACGUCCUUCAAUAUGCAAAUACUUGGCAACGCAAAGGUGUCAUGCUGGGGACGUGUAGCCAGUUUGAGAAGAUCUCGACUCAUUCGACACCCUUGAGCAUGAUGGCAAGAGACUAG